AUGAAGGCGACAGCCAUUCUGAGCGCCGUCGCAUCGCUGCUGUCGCUGGCCACGGCGGCGACUGCCGAGUCGCCGUUCAAGCCGCCGCAGGUGUGGAAGAACGCCAACCUGGUGCACAUCAUCUCGCUCGAGAAAAACUAUGUCAAGGAGAACAUCAACGUGCUGGUCGAGAACGUCGACAACCGGCCCCACGAUGAGUACUACGUUCCGUUCACUGCCGACCAGCUGUCGCGCCUAGGCGGUGUUGAGGUCAAGGACCGCAAAGAUCCUACCGUUGGGCCCUUUGGUGCUGAGCUCGUCGAGGUGAAGGAGAGCGACACUCAGUAUCUGCGCAUCCGACUCCCCGAGCCCGUCGCCCCAGGCGCCCAACAAACCCUCGGUAUCAGCUACUACCUCCUUAAGGCCUACACCCCGCUCCCGGCCUCGAUCCGCCAAGAGGAGCAGCAAUACCUCCGGUACACGUUCUCAGCCUACUGCCCCUCAGCUUACAUGACCGCAAAGCAAAAAACCGAAGUCAAGUUCCCCUCGGGCAACAUCGCCGACUUCACCAAGCUCCCCGGCGCUGGCGAUGUCAAAGAGUUCCCCCAGCGCCAGGGCUCAAAGCUGGUCUACGGCCCGUUCGAUUCGCAGCCUGCUUACGCCUCCCAGCCUGUCACCGUGCGCUUCGAGUUCAACAAGCCCGUGACCCACGUCUCGCGCCUCGAGAGGGACAUCGAGGUGAGCCACUGGGGCGGCAACGUCGCGUUCGAAGAACGCUAUACCCUUCAUCACCGCGGCGCGAACCUAUCUGCGCUGUUCAACCGCGUCAAGUGGCAGCAAGCGCAGUUCUAUGCGCCAACACAGACGUGGGCAUUGAAGGAGCUCAAGUUCCCUCUGCGCGCGGGCAGCGUGGAUGCGUAUUACACGGACGUGAUUGGGAACGUAUCGACGUCGAGGUUUAGGAGUAAUAAACGUGAGGCGGUAUUGGAGAUUCGGCCGAGAUACCCGGUGUUUGGAGGCUGGAAGUAUCCAUUCACGAUUGGCUGGAACUCAGAUGCGAAGAACUUCCUCCGGAGGACGGGCACGACGAGCUACGUGCUGAACGUCCCAUUCCUGGAAGGCCCGCGCACGGUCGAGGGCGUCGAGUACGGCGAGGUGCAGGUGCGGGUUAUCCUGCCCGAGGGCGCCGAAAACGUCCGCUUCCUUACCCCCAUCCCCCUAACCUCCCUCUACUCGGCCGAGAUCUCCUUGCACCGCACCUACCUCGACACGAUCGGGCGCACGGCGCUGGUCCUGCGCGCACGCAAUCUGGUCGACGACUUCCGCGACCGCGAGCUGAUUGUCGCGUACGACGUGCCGCUGACGGCGGUGCUGCGCAAGCCGGCUGUUGUCUUCGCUAGUGGCGUUGCAGUGUUUGUCGCGGCGUGGUUGGUUGGGCGGGUUGAGCUCAAGUUCGAUGCGCCGAGUGGGAAGGGGAAGAAAUAG